AUGAAGAGUGAGAUGGAAUCCCUAAGAAUUAACCAAACAUGGAAACUUGUUCCUAAACCUGCUAGUUGUUAUGUAGUGGACUGUAAGUGGCUGUUUAAGGUGAAACAAGAAUCUAAAAGUGUUAGGUUUAAGACUAGGUUAGUAGCUAAGGGAUUUACUCAAAAGGAGGGAAUUGAUUAUGCUGAAAUUUUUGCUCCUGUUGUCAAAUUCACUACUGUUAGAAUUAUACUUGCUUUAGUUGCUAAUUUUAAUCGGGAAUUAAAACAAAUGGAUGUAACUACUCCUUUCUUGCAUGCGGCUGUCAGGUACUCGAGUGGAUAUGGCCAACUCACUGAGCGCCAGCGGCCCUCCCUUCUGCUUGGACAAGUGAGGCGAGCUGCUGAAGGGGUAAAAGGUUAUAGGCUUUGGAAUAAGAGUGAACCGGGGUUUAAGGUAGUGAUAAGCAGAGACGUUGUCUUUAAUGAAAAUGAAUUUCCUUGUUUACCUUUACAUGUUCCUAUUCCUGAAAAUGAUGCUCCAAAUGAGGUGGAGCAAAAGCCUAUUAUUAAUCAACCCAAAUCAUUUCCUGAAGAAAAAUUGAAUGAUAUAAUUAUUGAAAAUCAAGAUGAGAUUAUUCCAAAUGAGGUGGAGCAUGAUAUGCAGGAAAUAGAUAACAUGCAUGAUUUGAAUGAUUAUCAACUCACUAGGGAUAGAAAUAAAAGAACCAUUAGGAAACCUGAAAGAUAUAGAGAUUGCAAUUUGAUUGAUUGUAAUAUGUCUGAGUUUGCCUUUAAUGUGUUUGAAUCCCUUGAGUGCAAUGAACCUAAGGCUUAA